AUGGGCACUCCGCUGUCAAAUACGACGACCACAGACCACCGUGCUUCCAGUCUCGGGUUGUCACCGCUUGACGGCCUUACGUUAACCGAAACCAAGACCCACAAUAGCGUCGCACCUAAUGGAAAUAUCGUGGAACGCUCAGCAACCCCGCCUUCCUCCAGCGACGAAGAUAACGAGCUGGAAAAAGCCUUGGAUUCGUGGAACCAUGAAGCAGAAACUCAGGCCACCCUUGAUCUACCACCUACGGCUCAAAUUGAACACAUCACAAAAUUGGAAAACAAAAGGAUGGUGGAGGGAGAGACGUGGUAUUGUGUUGCCAAGCGAUGGUAUUCGAAAUGGAAACAAUACUGCUCUCGAUUAAACAGUGCGUCCCAGCAGACCCGAGCCCUGGGGGCGCAAGCACCUCCUGGACCAGUGGAUAAUUCCACCAUUCUCGAUCAAGGCAUCCUUCUUCCGGAUCUUGUUGUGGAUGAUGAUUUGAUUUUGUUACCAGAAGAAGCAUGGAACCUCAUCUGUCACUGGUACGGUGUGUCAUCUGCUGCUAUACCUCGACGUGUGAUCAAGGAAGGCGAAUAUGCAAAGAGAACCAUUGUAGAGUUGUAUCCACCGACCUAUUACCUGCAUUUUAUCCGCACUGCCACUUCAGCACCACCCGCAUUAUCCACUCACCAUUGUCCCCAGAUCACGCUUUCACGUACCGCAACCGUUGCCGAUCUAAAGAGUAAAAUUCUCCAGGUGUUCGAGCUGCAGCCUGAUUCGGAAAUACGGUUGUGGAUCCUUGAUGAUUCUAUCACCACCGAUAAUCCGCCGUUUCUCGUCAUCUCGUUCAUCUCUUCCACUUGGGAAAAAUUGAAUCUCGAUAACAAUCAGACCACACUCUCAGCUUUAUCCCUCACAGCUAAAAAUUUAGCAGUCGAAUUAAAAGAUACUUCCGCUGAUGCUUUUCCGACCGAUCAUAUGCAAACCCAGGAUCCUCCUGCGGCGGAUGUAACACCUAUCAAUGGAAAGCACGAAACUACUGCAACCACAAACCCACCAUCGUUUACGCCGUCGUAUACACCUAAUACCAGUAACAAAACGCAGGGCGUUUGCGGGUUAACCAAUCUCGGCAAUUCAUGCUAUAUGAACUCUGCAUUACAAUGUCUGAGUAAUACACCCCAACUCAGCCAGUGGUUCUUGAGCGAUCGCUAUAAAAAGGAAGUCAAUCGUGAAAACCCUUUAGGGAUGAAUGGUGAAAUUGCAGAGGCUUAUGGUGCGCUGAUGGAAAAAUUAUGGAACGGAACGACAGCUAGCCUCGCGCCGAGAGAUUUCAAAUAUACAAUCAGUCGGUUCAAUCCGACGUUUUCUGGAUAUCAACAACAUGAUUCCCAAGAGUUACUGGCCUUCCUACUGGACGGGCUGCAUGAAGAUUUGAAUCGAAUUUUGAAAAAGCCCUAUGUUGAAUUGCCAGACUUUGAUACGAUGCCGGAUAACGAGAUUGCGCAGCGUAGCUGGGAUUACCACAAGGCGAGAAAUGAUUCCAUCAUUGUCGAUCUUUUUCAAGGUCAAUUCAAAAGUCGAUUGGUUUGCAACGAAUGCGGCAAGGUUUCGGUGACGUUUGAUCCUUUCAUGUACCUCAGUUUGCCAUUACCGAUACGGAAGAAGCGAAUCAUGAGUGUGGUCUACGUACCUUACGAUCCGCAGCAAAAACACGAACAAAUUACCCUCUCAUUACCCAAAGAUGCGACCAUUAUGCAUUUAAGAAAGCAAGUGGCUGAUAUGGUCCAAAUAGAUGAUCCUUCCACUUUAUUGGUUGUAGAACUGUUCAGCGACAAAAUUUACAAGGUCUUUUCCAUUCAAGAAGCCAUUUCCACCAUCGGCCGAUCAGAUACCGUGUACAUAUAUCAAUUGCCUGUGCCGAUACCCACCAUUGUUUCUCGAUGGAAGCCCUCGAUUGCUUCCACCAGUCAGGCAGAUGAAUCCAAGGGCAGUCGAAACAUUGUGUUUCCUGUGUAUAAUGCGGCUGUCUCGGGCUCCAAAUCAAAGCAGCGUUCGCCUAAUCAAUUUGGCGGUCCCAUGCUACUGUGUAUCAGUGAAGAGGAAGCAUGCCGAAGCGAAAAUCUGUAUCGUCUUAUUGCUUAUCAUCUUCAACGUUAUGCUAUUGACAAACUGGCUGAUGACCGUUACAUUGACCAUGAAGCUGCGGAAGUGCAAAUCGACGAUGAUCCCACUGGUUACGAACACAAGGAUGACACUGUCGUGAUGGAUCAUGAAUUUGUACCCAAACCAGACCUGUUUAACAUGAUGGCAUUUUCGCGACGUACAACCUAUGGCACAAUGGAUGAUCUACUACCGACGAAUAUUUCCGCGUGGAAUCGCACAGAGCUUCGCAGUAUCCGGCAUCGGGAAGCCAAGUACAUGUCCGAAGCGAGCUCCUUGAACGAAAAGCCAUCAGCGAGCGAAGCAAAGAAUGACUCCAGCCACUUGAACCCCAUUGGAUCGGCGGACGAUCAAACAGUCGACUCUGGAUCACAGCCGGAUCACAAUUCGAUAUCCCUGACGCAACCCAAAACAUCGUCUCCCCACAUGAAAAGCCUCCUUCGGCAAGGCGAAGGCCUACUAGUGGAAUGGCAGAUAGAUACUGCACGAGACUAUUUUGGCAUGGCAAAACAAACAUUUUCACUCCAUGACGAUGACGAGAGUGGUGUGGAUGGAGGCGCCUGGCGGGAAUACAUCGAACGGAAAAAUCCAAAAGCUGAGGAGAAUCCGUCGGCCAAGAAAGUCGUCACGCUGUCGGAUUGUCUUGAUGAAUUCAUGAAAGAGGAGCAGCUGGGUCAGGAGGAUCUAUGGUACUGUCCGCGUUGCCGCCAACAUCAACGAGCCUCUAAAAAAUUCGAUUUAUGGCGACUACCAGAGAUCAUGGUUGUCCAUCUGAAGCGAUUCAGCCACAGUCGAACAUGGCGGGACAAAAUUGAUGCCUACAUCGAUUUUCCUUUGGAUGGGCUGGACUUGACAGAGCGGGUUCUGAGUAUUAGCAAUCCAGAAGACGUGGCUGACGAAGACAGGUUAAUCUAUGAUCUAUUUGCGGUGGAUAACCAUUACGGGGGUAUGGGCGGUGGACAUUGUAAGUGA